CUCAUUGGAUCACUGAUGAAGUCUUCUCUUAUUAGAUUAAAAAAUGUUAUAAAUCAGAAUUCAUCUGGUCCAACUGGGAUAGUUAUGAUGAAUAUGGGUGGUCCUGCUACAUUAAACGACGUACACUCAUUCUUAUCGAAUUUAUUUCAUGAUAAGGAUCUCAUACCUUUACCUUUUCAGAAAUUAUUAGCUCCACGUAUCGCUAGUAAGCGUACACCAAAGAUAAAAGAACAAUACGCUGCUAUAGGUGGUGGUUCACCCAUUCUUAAGUGGACAGAAAUACAGGGUGAAGGAAUGGCGAAGUUGCUUGAUGAAUUGUCGCCUCAUACAGCUCCACAUAAGCCUUACGUAGCUUUCAGAUACGUCAAUCCUCUCACAGCUGACACACUCGAGCAAAUGAAAAAGGAUGGUGUAAAAAGAGCUGUAGCAUUUACUCAAUACCCACAAUAUUCUUGUUCGACUACAGGAAGCAGUCUCAAUGAGUUAUAUAAGCAAAUAAAAACUACUGAUACUGACAUUCAAUGGUCUGUUAUCGAUAGGUGGCCAACUCAUCCAGGUUUAGUUAAAGCAUUUGCUCAGAACAUCCACCAAGCUCUUCAACGUUUCGAUCAAGAUGAACGCAAGCAUGUACCAAUCUUAUUCUCGGCGCACUCACUACCAAUGUCAAUCGUCAAUAGAGGUGAUCCAUAUCCCGCAGAAGUAGCAUCAACUGUACAAUCUGUCGUGUCUCUUUUACCACAAUUAACAGGACACGCUAAUCCACAUAGACUAGUUUGGCAAUCUCAAGUUGGACCUUCAGCCUGGCUAGGUCAGCAAACUUCAGACGCAAUACAAGGAUUGCGUAAAUUGGGAUACAAAAAGGCUAUAGUCGUUCCAAUAGCUUUCACAUCUGAUCAUAUUGAAACUCUCUUCGAAUUGGAUCUGGAGAAUGCUGAAGAAGCACACGAAAUUGGCCUCAGAUUGGAGAGAGCUCCAAGUCUCAACGACAGUCCAACUUUCAUACGUGCGAUUGCUGAUCUCGCUGCUGCACACUUACAUAACGUUUAUCCAUCAAAUCAAAGCACAACUGAGAUUCAAGAUACUGGAUACGUAGGUGGUUGGGAAUCUGGUAAACCAACAUCCACGCAGUUUAAAAUGAGGUGUCCAGGAUGUACGAAUGAAGUCUGCCUUAAACAAAAGGAUUAUUUUAAUGGUGAAAAUGCCAUAUAGAUGUAAUUUAUUUAUUAGAACAUAUUUAACUUUUAAAUAUGUGUUGUAGAA